GCUGUUAGAGUGUAAUGCUUUGCGGGAAAGGUGAACUAAGAUGGCGGCCGCCAGGGCUGGGAAAGAGAGUCCCGACUACUAGGGAGAGCGAUGCCCAAGUACUACGAGGAGAAGGAGGCCGGGGGCCGCGCGUGCUCUGGGGUGCGCGAGGACCUCAGGGCCUGCCUCCUGGAGAGCAGCUGCGUCAUCCAGGAAGGGAAAAGCCCAAAACUUUGCUUGAAGGAAGGUCAUUGCAGAGGUUUGCUAGUUUCAUUUUUUGAAUGCAAACGAUCAAUGCUGGAUAACAGAGCGAGAUUCAGAGGAAGAAAGGGAUACUGAAGCUCCCUAUUACAUGAAACAACCAUCAUGGGUAAAGUUAAAUGCAUUGGCACCUCAAAUUAACUGGACUGGAAUAAAGAGAUUGUGAUGUUGGUUCCCCCUGCCCCAAUCCUCUUCAUUCCUGUGAACAUUGUUUUGUUUAUGCACUAAAUAACUGAAGCUGCUGAUUAUUAAAAAUGCUAUAAUGAAAAACAAUCCUAGCAAUUUCUGGUUAACAUAUUUUUACAAAAUAAAAUAUAUCUCCAUAAGUA